AUGGCCGAGGAGGAAGCCAACUCGGCCUUUAGCCAGGACGACGCCUCGAGCGGUGACGACGCCCUGGCCGACUCGGCGACGGCCCCGAGGAAGCGGAGGAGAGAGACGCACCAGAAGACUUCAUGCGAGCUGUGCAAGGCGCGCAAGGUCAAAUGCGACCGCGCCGAGCCCGCCUGCUCGUGGUGCGCCCGGCACAACCGGACAUGCAUCUAUCUCGAGCGCCAGAAGCUGGGCACGCGCGUCGGCUUCAAUCUCGAGCUCGAGGCCAAGGUCAACCGCAUCGACGCCCUCUUGCAGGCGCUGGGCCGCCGUGUAGAGGUCCAUAUCGCCCACGACCAUGAGGUGGCUGCCCAGCAGCUGUCACCGUCCAUCAGCAACAAUAGUCCUGCGCAGAUGGACGCUUAUCAAUCGAAUGAAACUCAACUUGGCCAACCGAGUCUUUUGAGAGCCGCGCAGACGCCCCAGGCGAGGAUACAGAGCUACCCAAGCCCGAGCUGGCGGGUGGACAAUGGCCAAGAAAGGCUUGCACAGCGGGACACGCCAUCGGGUCGAACCCAGAUGAACUCGUUGGUCAGCGGUUCUUCUGCUCUGACAAUAGCAAGCCCGGAAAGACCAGGAACACAGAGCUUGUCGUCGUUACGGUCUCCAAACCCAGACCUGCCGCCUCACUACAUGCUCUACACCCUCGUCGACCUGUACUUCAAACACUGCAACACCUGGUGCCCCAUUCUUGACCGGAAAACGACGUUUGAAACCAUAUUUGGACCGUCAUCACUCGAGGAAUCCGACCAAAUCCUGCUCUGUGCCAUCGUAGCGACAACACUGAGGUUCUACAAAGACCAACGGCUCACGCCCGAAAUGAAGGCUCACUACCACAGAGUAUCUCGACACCGAGUGCAGAUCUACGCCAUGGAAAACAUCAGCAUCCCGGCACUAAGAGCCCUGGUAAUAGUCUGCCUGGACGAACUAGGCACCUCCAACGGCCCUCGCGGGUGGAAUCUCCUCUCGCUGCUUGUCCAGAACGUAAGACAACUCGACCUGUGUAAAGAAGCCAGUGUGUACUUGAAAGCAGACUCUCGAGAAACACCACACACCGGCUCCCUCCGCAGAGUGGCGGCCGGCGAGCCAGAAUCCUGGAUCGAGGACGAGGGCCGCCGGCGUCUCUGUUGGGUCGUGUAUCUGCUGGAUCGAUAUGCUACCGUCGCUACAACCACGUUUGAUUUUAUGCUCGAGGACAUGAAGAUGAAGCGGAUUCUUCCCUGUUCGUACGACUUGUUUUCUAGGAAUCUGCCCGUCGAAACCCAGUCAGCGAAUUCUUAUACCGGACAACAAGACUCCACCACAUACCUCACAACCUCGCCAGAGAACCUCGGAAGCUUCUCCUAUCAUUGCGCGAUCCUGCGCAUUCUCAGCAAGGUCCACGACUUUCUCAAAACCCCAAUCGACAUCACAUCCUCCGCAGACAUGGCGAACUGGCGAAACACGUAUAGAUCGCUCGACGAUUCCCUCAACGCCUGGUUGCAAAACCUGCCCAGCGAGUACAGCAAAAUCUCAGCCCUCUGCCACUCAGACCCAGCAAGUCGUGUUGCGAAUUGGUUCAUGCUGCAUAGCGCCUACGUCACCUGUGUUGUUCGACUACAUUCAUCUGCUGCAUAUCCUGCUGUUCGCUCUCACAUCCUCGUUCCGUCCCAUUAUGCCAUGCAAAAGUGUUUAUCAGCUGUCCAGAGCCUCGGCGAUAUCGCUCAGGAUGUUCUGGAAGCAAAUGGCCUAGACCUCCUCGGUCCGCCGUUUGCCUUUUCGCUCUGGGUAGCUGCGAGACUGCUCCUAGUCCACGCAGCAACGGUUGGGUCAUUGGUAGACCCUCGGAUUGUCUUCUUCAUCGACACUCUUCGUCACGUCGGCCAGCACUGGGAGGUGGCCAAUAAUUACGCCAAGAUUCUCGACCGAGUAGUUCAGAGAGAGCGGCAAAGUGAUAUGAGUUUCGCCGCCAUGCGAAGAAGCGCCUACGAUUUAGUGACCCUCACAUCUGCGACCCGACAGUCUGGCGUUCAGCAGACAUCUACACAAGUCACAUCGCUCAGCGAGCUGGAUAACAUCGACGUAUUUGACUUCUUCAACUGCCCCAAGGUUCUAGAGUCGGUUUCUAUAGCCUCAGGGGGUCACAUUAAUAUUCUGCCGACUCGAUCAAUGAACGAACUAAGCGGAGACGUGACAAGAGCAGCCACCACUGUGGCCAAUCUUGAGUCCGACUGGUUGGGAUUUAGCGCGCCUUUUAAUUAA